UGAGUUGAGGUCACGCGUUAUAGUUGCGCGCUGGCACUUGACCCCAGUACUACUACUUUUUGGCACUUCCUUAUACAACCUCGCAGUCGCUUUAGUACUUCAACUCUGUUUUUCUUCUUUUUUCUUCUUCGCGAGUUCGCCUUUUCACUAGCUCGUUCAUUCGAGCCAGCGUAAGCUGCGGAGGUAACACGCCAGCAGCUCAGCAAUGAACUCCCUCACAUACAUUUCGCGCCAAUUCGAUGUAUUCGUAUCAGCUCGAACUCCUCCAUCAACUCCAGUCGACGAUAAGGACUCCUACUUUCUUCAUAGGGCCCUGUCUACUCGUAGAGGAUCAGAUUCUGGUACUUCUUUCAAGCGUACAAAUUCGUGGACAAAGAAGUCGCAGCCUCAAGGCCCAGACUUACGAUGCCCUCCACGACCGAAGCGCUCAUAUUCCUCUCCUUCAGGUUUCUUCCCAAUACCGAUUCUUAGGCCAUUUCCUCCUCCCCCUCCAGCAGAUGUUGCCAUACAUUCCAAAUCCAGGUUCAGAGUAAGAAGUGUUCUCAGACGUCUGUUCCUUGUUCGAGCCUUCGUCCUCGUUUGGAACACCCUCUGCGCUACUUGGGCACAGUGGACACCAGGAGAGAUCGAAACCAAGGGGAAACAGGAAUCGGUCGGCGAACGUCCCGAAGAGCCCCUGGGCGAGGCUACUGAUGUAUUGUUACUUGAAAUACAUCUGCCCUCGCCAUCAAUUCUUUCCCCACCAUCCCCGGAUAUUCCAUCUCAUGUCCUUCAAGUUAUCCCAUCCAAACCAGAUAUCGCCACCUUACCUACACCACCUCCUUCUCCAGGUCCCUCGCAUCCAUCCUCCCAACACUUACCAAGAGUUCCUCCAACUACUGUAACCGAUACCGCAUCAAGAUCUCCAACACCCACUUUGACUGCUACGCAUAAAACCCCAUUCCAUUUGCCAAAGACUCUCGUUCUUGAUCUCGAUGAAACCCUCAUACAUUCGACUUCGAAACCAAUGUGUCAUUCAUCCAGUGGUUCUGGUCUUCUCGGUUUUGGACGCAGGAACAAGGGACACACAGUCGAAGUAGUCCUUGGCGGCCGGAGCACCCUUUAUCACGUAUACAAGAGACCGUUCGUCGACUAUUUCCUUCGCAAGGUUUCUUCUUGGUACACACUCGUUGUCUUCACUGCCUCCAUGCAAGAGUAUGCCGACCCAGUCAUUGACUGGUUGGACGCUGGACGUGGCAUUCUUGCACGCCGUUUAUUCCGAGAGUCGUGCACCCAACUUCCUAAUGGAUCUUAUAUCAAGGAUCUGUCCAUAGUAGAACAAGAUCUCUCUCGUGUUUGUCUGAUCGAUAACUCGCCAGUCAGUUACCGUGGCAAUGAAGCGAAUGGUAUACCCAUAGAGGGUUGGACACAUGACCCACUCGACGAAGCCCUACUCGAUUUAUUGCCCAUCCUGGACUCGCUGCGCUUCACGGGGGAUGUGCGGAGGGUAUUGGGCAUUCGCGGGUUCUCCUCGUAGUAUUCCUCUAACACCCAUCCUUGACUGACUUUCUACCUCAUGGUCCCGAGUUCAACAUCACAUCAUUCUGCAUGUCACAAUUUGCAUUUUGCACGCACGCCUUGCUGCAUAUCAAACUCAUAACUUAGUACAGGCAGUUUCGUUACAUAAUUUAAUACUGCUUAUCCUGUACACUAUCUCAAAUUUCACAACAACACGACCAGUCGU